GUAACCAAAAGUGAUAAACAAAGCAGAGUAAACAAAAGCGGGUCGAGUCCGACAGAGAGUCGGUGGAGGAGGAAAAAGCAAAGCUCCACUGCAAGCCAAAAGAAGGUAUCUCUUAGUAUAUUAACUGCUUGAAAUUCCGGCGAAUCUCCGGCCACAUUUUCGCCGGAAUGUUGGAUUCCGGUGGAUGUUUCUCUUUCACUGUUUGCAGUGUUUUGCUUGGGCUAUCGGACACUGUUUCUGUUUAAAAUACACGUUUUUGCGCGUGGAGGGAACAGAAGAAGUUGUGGAUUCUUGAGCUGCUUGCAUUCUUGGAGUUUGCCUCUGAUAGUUUAUUCCUUUAGUGCGGUGAUAAUUUUCGGAGCUUCUGUGGUGGUGUUUCCUUUUUGGGGUUUCCGCCUUUUUGUACUGCCCUCCGAUCUCGCUUUUCGAAGGUAUUGAGAUGAAUGGUAUUGAUCAGAAUGACAAAAAUCGCAAUUUCAAGAAAACAUAUCCAGGAUGCUUGGGAAGAAUGGUGAACCUUUUCGAGUUAAACGUAGGGGUGUCUACAAACAGGCUGCUCGCGGAUAAACCACAUCGAGAUGGUUCCCUACUCUCAAGGAGCAGAUCAGAUGUAUCAAGGAUGAGCUCAUCUGGUGACCAAAUAGAAGAAAAAGUGACUGCACCUGAAUUCAAAAGCAGUUUUCCAAACAGAAAAUCAAAUGGAACGCCCAUGAAAAUGCUUAUUGCCCAAGAGAUGUCCAAAGAAGUGGACUCCCGGCGUGAUCCUCCUAAUUUAGUUGCCAAAUUAAUGGGGCUUGAUGCCCUCCCACGUCAGGAAGCUGAGUCAACCACACAAAGAAGCCAUUCUAGAGGUCGUCCUCGAAGUCAUUCAGAUAUCCCUAUCAGUUGCUGGGAGCAACAGAAAGGAUUCUUUCAUCACGUAGAACCAAAUGAAUACAGAGAUGUUUAUGAAAUAUGGCAGCAAUCGCAGAAAUCACAAGAUGAGGAAAGAUAUGAGGAGACUAUAAAUGACAAUAAGAUGGAUCUUGUUCGUCAGAAGUUCGUGGAAGCAAAACGCCUGUCUAUGGAUGAGAGACUUCGUAAAUCUAAGCAAUUCCAAGAUGCAUUAGAAGUUCUGAAUUCCAAUAAAGACUUAUUCCUUAAGUGUCUGCAAGAACCUAAUUCAAUAUUUUCUCAGCAACUUUACAGUCAGCAGUCUGUAUCCCCUCCUAUGGGGACAAAGCGAAUCACUGUUCUUAGACCUUCAAAGAUUGCAGACAUUAAUAUUGCUGGAGCUGGGAAUAAAGAUGGAAAUCAAAUGAAAAAAGGUGCCUUUCUUCAGCUGAAUGGGUUAGAAAAAACUCAUCCAGGAAGUUCCCCUCCUGCAAGUUAUCAGUCUUAUGAAAAUCCCACUCAACCGACUCGAAUAGUAGUUCUGAAACCAAGCCCUGGGAAACCACAUGAUAUUAAUGCUGUCAGUUCUCCACAGCCGGAACCACCUAAGAGAUUACAAGGUGGAGAUUCUUUUGGCCUUGCAGGAGAAGAUAAGAAUCAAGAAUCAAGAGAAGUUGCAAGGGCUAUCACACAGCAAAUGCGUGAAAAACUUGGCAGGCACCUGAGAGAUGAAACCUUGACUUCUUCUGUAUUCUCCAAUGGUUAUGCAGGUGAUGAAAGUUCAUUCAAUAAGUCAGAAAUUGAGUAUGCAGAUGGUAAUCUCAGUGAUUCAGAAAUCAUGUCUCCUGUAUCUAGACACUCUUGGGAUUAUGUUAAUAGGCUUUGUAGUCCUUACUCAUCCUCCUCGUUUAGUCGGGCAUCUUACUCUCCAGAGUCGUCAGUUUGUAGAGAAGCAAAGAAACGUCUCUCUGAAAGAUGGGCCAUGAUGGCAUCUAAUAGGAGUUAUCAAGAACAAAGGCAUGUUCGCAGAGGCUCCAGUACAUUGGGUGAAAUGCUUGCUCUUUCUGAGGCAAAGAAGGUAGCACCACCUGGAGAAGAAGCAGGUAGUUCUAACGAAGAACCCAAGGAUUCAUAUUCUCUCUUAGUUAGUGAACAGAGAAGAGAUGAAAAUGUGGAUAGUUCACCAAGGAAUCUCAUGAGAUCAAAAUCUGUUCCUGUAUCUUCUACUGAGUUUGAAACUAGGCUCAACAUGGGUGUUUCAGUGUCAGAUAAUGGGAAAACAGAAGCUGCCAAGGAGGAUGCAAAGGCAAGAACUGUUAAAUCCUCGUUCAAAGGGAAAGUUUCAAGUUUGUUUUUCUCAAGGAGCAAAAAACCUGUUACCGAUAAAUCUCUUGUAUCUGAAGAUGAAUUCCACUCUUUUCCUGAGGAAAUUUGCAGUGAUAGAGCUGCAAAUAUUAGUGACAAAGUGUCCGCCCAAGCAUCAGCUGGUCUGCAGGGGCCAUCAAGAAAAGCAUCUUUCUCAAAUCUAAUUGGGAGGCAGGGUGUGAUAUCUCCUGAGACUGAAUUGGCCAUGGCAAAUCCUUGUGAAUCUGGAAACCAAGGUGAACAGCCAAGUCCUAUAUCUGUCUUAGAUGAACAUUUUGAAGAGGAUGAACGUACAGCAAAAGUGUUUCCCCAUUAUGCCAAGCCUGACCAACAAGGAGUUAAGUUGCCACUUGAUUCUACUGGAUCAAACUUGAUUGACAAAUCGCCGCCCAUAGGAUCCAUCGCUCGCACCCUGUCAUGGGAUGAUUCGUGCAUAGACACAGCUUCAUCACAUCCCGCAAAGGAAUGCUUAAUCACCGAAGAAACAGAUGAAGACGAACAAAACUUGUAUACCUAUGUUAAGACAUUAUUAUCGGUCGCUGGUCUCCAAGGUGAGGUGCAAUCUGAUUCAUUUUUGGCAAGAUGGCACUCACCCGAGAGCCCAUUGGACCCAUCGUUAAGAGACAAGUACAUUGAUUUAAAAGACAAGGAGACAUUGCAUGAGGCCAAGCGGAGGCAAAGGAGAUCAAUGCGAAAGCUUGUGUUUGAUUGUGUAAACACAGCCUUAGUGGAUAUUGCAGGAUAUGGGUCAGACUUGGGCCAACGAGCUCUUCCAUGCAUCGGGGCCAAUAAUCACACAUCGGACAGUGCAUCGUUGACAAUGGUGGACAAGGUGUGGGGCCGAAUAAAUGUAUGGUUUUCUAUCAAGGUCAAAUGUGUAUCAGACGACAGCGGGGAUGAGAACAACCUGGUGGUGGAGAGAUUGGUAAGAAACGAGGUGGCGGGCAAAGGGUGGAUGGAUCAUUUGAGAUUGGAAAUCGAUAACUUGGGAAUGGAAAUUGAAGGAGAGUUGCUGGAAGAGCUUCUCCAAGAGGUGGUGGUUGGAUCAACAGUACUGCUACGCUGUGUUCAGUAGAUCCAAAGUCGGACAGCAGACUUGUUUUAAUCAUCUUGUUGUAGGGCUAGCGCUGGUCAUGGGGUGACUUUGCACGGCGUAUCUUUUGUUUUUGGGUUUGGGGAAUAAGGCUUUGGAUUCAGACACUGUAGUGCAGAAAGUUGGUCUUUUAAAAAGGGUUAAAUUAAUAAUACACUUCUCUUCCUCGUCAUGUCUGUGUUACCUGCUGCCUGCAUUGUCCGUUAAGUAAUAAAUUGUAAUAGCCAGA